AUGGUUACCCAACGUCGAUACUCGGUCACGGGUCAGACACCCCCGGACGAUGCUGAAGCCAUGAAAGCGCGCUCUCCAAAACUUCAGCCUCUUGAUACUAGUGUGCAGACAGCACAGUGCGGGUAUUGUGACGGCGCGCCGGAGCUGAGCACAAGCAGCGAGGAUAGCGCGGCCGGACAGCGGAGAGGAAGGAACAUGUCCCAAAAGGGCACCAUUGUACGCACGUCGAGCAAACGAUCCGCUACCCAGCUGCCUUCGCCCAGCUCGCCCACGCACCAGCUGCCGCCCAAAAUCCCGAGAUAUAGACUCAACGUGGAUAUAGACAUCGGCUCCGACACAGACACAGACUCGGAUGACACGGAUCUGUUGGGACAUGGGAGCGAGCACGACGGCUGCCACGGCUCCGAGAGCCAGGCUACCUCGUUCCCAUCAACGCCUGAGCUUUCGCAGCAGUACGGCGUGUCGAGCCUGCCCGAUGCCACGCGUUUCGAGGGUCUGCAACUGUAUGCAGAGGAAAGACCCGACGACGAUGAACACAUGGAUGACUACGCGCUAUCGCCGUCCCAUUCCAGAAAUCACAGCCUCGACCGUAUCCAGUUUGAUGGAUCCAACGACGUGCAAAAGGAUUGGGCCGCGCACAUUGCCUUGCACCAAGAAAAGGCAGAGACUAUACAUACGGAACAUGUCCAGACCACAUUAAUCGAACAGGUCGAUACAUGCCCUACUAAUGACUUGACGCCCGCCCCACCCACCUUUGUCACUCUUCCACCAGAGAUCCGCCAUCAGAUCUACCGUAAUUGCGAAAACCUCGUCAUCGAUAAGCCCCUCGUAUACUGCAUCUCCACCUUUGACGGCCAGAUGCAGCACGCACUCGCUUCGGUAUCACGCCUCGUUCGCUCCGAAGCCCUCGCCAUCUUCUACAGCUACAAUCUCUGGGUCAUAAAGGUCGAGUUCAAGAUGAUGUACGAAGCUUUUCAAGACUGGAUCAUCCGGCUGGGUGACGGCGCAGGACUGUUACGGCUGGUCAGCUUCUCGGUACGCGGCUCGCUAUUCAAGCCCAAGAGGAGUCACACACAGAGUGUGUUGAUCCAUGGACAUCUUGUGCAGCUCGCUCCGGGCGUCAUUGGACCGGCGGCUGGAACGCGAGAGGAACUGUAUUGCCCUCCAGACGGGGACGCGAGUUUCAAGAUUGAUCUGAGUGAGAAGUUUGCUGGCGGCAAGGUGCAGCUUGUGAGGAAUGAUGGUACGAGUGAGGCAGGUGAGCAGGCGAGAGCUCACCUGGGCAAGAUGGUGGGGGUGCUCUGGGAGAAGAGACGAGCUGGGACACUGAAUGGUCAGGAUUGGAUUGAUAUGGUUGAUGGCUUCAUCACUUUUAUUGGGGGAUGGUGA